ACUCAAUCGCUCCCUCCCUCCUCUCUCUCUCUCUCUCUCUCUCUCUCUGGUUUGAAUUAGGUUUUCUUCAGGAGCUCAGUGGAAGAAUCGGAGCAAGCCACAAUGGAAGUCGCGAAUCCUAUUCAAAUUCCACAUGUGCCGCCGGGAAUUAUAUGUCCUGACACUGGAGUCACUAUCCAGACCUACCAGGUGUCUAAUGUUGAUAAGAGAACCUACUCCAAGUUUCGCUCUGAGUAUGAUGUGGCAGCAGAAGAGUGUAUUGGGGCUGGCGCAUUCGGCGUUGUCGUUCGAUGCAAGAACCUGAUAGACAACCAAACUUAUGCCAUAAAGAAAAUAUCAAUUGGUAACAGGGGCAAUACUGAUGAAUAUGGCAACUAUAGAGACCUAUUAAGGGAGUCUAUCAUUUUAGCCACAUUUGAUCAUCCUGCUGUUGUUCGGUAUCACUCGACCUGGAUGGAGUGCACUUUUGUUGGCACUACUGGAGGUGAACCUGAUAUUGUGAAAACCAAUCCAUGUCUUUACAUACAACAGCAACUAUGUGAGAGCACGUUGGAGCAAAAGAUGAGGAGUGCCGAACUUUCAAAGGAAGAAUGUGCAGAUAUUUUCUCACAGGUGGCACACGGCCUAGCACACAUCCACAGUCACAACAUAAUGCAUGGUGAUCUUGGCAGAGGAAAUAUAUUCUUGUGCAAGAACCAAGUAAAGAUUGCAGACUUUGGACUUUCCCGGAUCAUAGGUGAAGGUGAUGAUGUAAUUCAUUUAGGAAAUCCCCCACCUCAAUACGCCCCACCUGAUAAAUGUGUCAAUGCAACUGCGGACGUGUACAGUCUGGGGAUUCUGCUGGUGCAGAUGCUUCUCAACAUCAGAACAGAUUCAGAAGCAUUAACGGUGUUUCGUGACCUGAAAAAAGAAGAACCAGUGUUUCCUGCCUCCUGGCCUAACGGCGUGCUGAAGACUUGGGUGACGAACAUGCUAAAAAGAAAUCCAUCAGACAGACCUUCAUCAGCAGAUAUCGUGGAGAAUCUAGACAAGAUAGGUGAUGCUAUUCGGGAGUUUGUUUUUUAAAGCAACAGCAGGUAUUGGGCAUCUGAGACAUUCUAGGAGAUAUUUUUCAAUGCUAAGAACAGAUCAUUUCAGCUAUAAUAACUGUAAAUCUCAAUUUCAUUCCUAUAACGCAACUAAUCGGCUUUGUAUGGUAUGCCGU